GCCCGCCGAGGACAAACCAGUGAAACCGAGCUGCAGCACCGGAAGCUUCAAACGGAGGCUUGUAGCAACAAAAUGCGGUGAAAACGUUUUUAUUCGCGUCAGAUUGAAAGUGAUGCGAAAGCGGAACAACUCGCUGACUGCGGAGCAGGACGGCGGGACUCUGCUGGACAGCGACCCGGACCUGAAGCAGCGUCCCGGAGGCGGAGCAGCGGGGCCCGCAGCGGGCGGCCGGCAGGGCCCGGAGGAGGAGCGGAGCAUGAAGCCGUUCAGGAGGCUCAGUCUGGUGAUGAAGCUGAAGAGGAUCCUGAUGGUUCUGCUGAUCGUCUAUGUCUCCAUCCCCUGCAUCAUCAAACUCUGUCCGUCCAUCCAGGCCAAACUUGUCUUCCUCAACUUCGUUCGAAUGCCGUAUUUCAUCGACCUACAGAAACCUGCGGACCAGGGAUUGAACCACACUCACAACUUCUACCUGCAGCCGGAGACGGGCCUCAGCAUCGGAGUCUGGCACACGGUUCCAGCUCGGAUGUGGAAGGAAGCUCAGGGUAAAGCAGGUGAUUGGUACGAGUCCACGUUUGGCUCCGCCCACCCUGUCAUCCUGUAUCUCCAUGGAAACGCAGGAACCAGGGGGGGAGACCACCGGGUGCAGCUGUACAAGGUCCUCAGUUCGUUGGGCUACCAUGUGGUGACGUUUGACUACAGAGGUUGGGGCGACUCAGACGGAUCUCCCUCAGAGGGGGCGAUGACAUCAGACGCCCUCUUCGUUUAUGAUUGGCUGAAACGUCGCCUGAAUGAAGAACUUCCUCUUUACAUCUGGGGUCACUCUCUGGGGACGGGAGUCGCCACAAACCUGGUGAGACGUCUGAGUGACCGAGGAAGUCCUCCCGACGCUCUGAUCUUAGAGUCUCCAUUCACCAACAUCAGAGAAGAAGCCAGGAGUCACCCAUUCUCCAUGGUGUACCGCUACCUGCCGGGCUUUGAUUGGUUCUUCCUGGAUGCCAUCACCGCCAACAACAUUCGCUUCGCCAGCGACGAGAACGUGAACCACAUCUCCUGUCCGGUGCUGAUCCUCCACGCCGAGGAUGACGGCGUGGUUCCGUUCCAUCUCGGCAAAAAGCUCUACAACUUGGCGUCUCGGUCGAAGAGCCUCAGCGGUCAUAAAGUCCAGUUUGUUCCGUUUCCUUCGGCUCUUGCCUACAAACACAAGUUCAUCUACAGGAGCCCGGAGCUGCCAAACAUCCUGAGUGAUUUCCUCGGCACAGCUCAUCCCAUCUCACCAUGACGACCAACAGGAUGUCGACUGUUACACCCCACAAACAAACAAACAAACACUGGUCUGUCUUCGGACCAAACGUUUCGCAUGAACUCGACACCGACACGUCAUUCCUGUUCUGUUAGCAUUCCCCUCACUGGCUUCACAGCAUACAGGGUUACCAUGGCGACUGUUGCCGUGUUUCACGUACUGUAGAGCGACGAUGGCGGUUGGACCGAACAGAGGCGCGAAGAGUGGGUUUUAUCUUUUAUCAGUUUGGUUUUCUCUCAUCUGUUGGUUUGUUUUCUGUGAUCAGGUUGUUUUUAACGAACCUCUGAAGGCCUGUUUGACUUGAAUUAAAGAUUAAAGGUUUUCCUUUUAGGGCUGCA